AUGAAGAACUCCAUCAUUGUCGCGGCCAUGGGUGUCGCCGUUGCCAGCGCCCAAGACUCGCCAUGGUACCGCCCUGGAAGCUUGGCUUCAUUUCCUACUGCCACCAACGUGAUGGCCGCUCCAUUUCACGGGACCAACGCCGGCCCAGACUCUACAACCGCCAUUCUACCUGAGAAUACUCAUGUAGGCCGGGGCCUGGGUACAGAGGAGACCGCAGACGAGAUUGCAGAGACCGCUUCAGACAAGUUCACGAUGGUUACAUUUGGUGAUCGUCCUCACACCGUUCUUCCCCCUCGCCCUGCUUCUUCAGACAAGUUCACAAUGGUUACGUUUGGUGAUCGUCCUCAUACUGUCUUUCCCCCCCGUCCGGUUUCUACCUCAGACAAGUUUACCAAGGUUACAUUUGGCGAUCGUCCUCACACUGUCUACCCCCCUCGCCCUAUUUCUACUGUAGACAAGUUCACAACAGUUACUAUUGGUGAUCGUCCUCACACCUAUCCCCCCCAUCUUGUGACCUCUAUAGACAAGUAUAUCACGAUACCUGUGGGUGCUCGCCACCAUGUUUCUGGCCCCCGUCCCGCUUCAGACAAGUCCACAAUGGUUACUUAUGGUGGUCGACCUCACACCGUUUCUGCCCCUCGGGCGAAUCCAAACACACCGACAAUGGUUUCUUUUGGUGGUCUUCCUCACACUGUUCAACCGCCACGAAGUACCGAUUCCUCAGGCCAUGUAGCGGCAUAG